UUGAAUUGGUGUAGAAAUUUAAAAAAAAAUCCCAAACACAAUUAAAACCAACACGAAACGAAAGGGCGUAAAAUCUCUAGAAGAUCUCAGUGACGGCAAUUUGUGAAAGAACGAACGCUGCAAAGAAGCUCGUGUUUUGAAGCGCUCUCUAAAAACAACAAAAAGACAUGGCCGUGAAGCAGUCAAUGCCGCACGCCCAGUAGCAGGAACCAGCAGGAACCAGCAGGAACCCCGACAGCCCACAGAUCCUUGCCCCAAUCAAUAUGUUCGGUUUGCUGAGCAGCUCCCAAAUCUAUGGACUACAGCCCGCACCAGCCGCAGCAGAUCAUCAAGCGACAGCAGAACCCUCGAAGAGCAACAGCCUGCCCCAUAAGAAGGGGGCCGCAGCUGCCACUCAGCAUCGCAGAUCCACCAGCAGCCUCAGCGACACUGGGGGCAAGUUCUUCUCGCACCUGAGCGGCAAAUCGCCAAGCCAGUUCAUCGAAAAGUUCAUCAAAAGUGAACUCCUCAACGGCUACGACCAUCUCAAGUGCCACCAGAGUGGUGGAAAGUCCGCCGCCGCAGCAUCAUCCCAAACGGAAAACCCCAGCAAUACUCCCCUGUAUUCCAAUCUACAGACUUCUUCGGACUGGGGAGGCUUCAGCUGCCUCCAGGGGAGCUAUCGGAGCCACGGCGACGGCGAGUUCUAUGAGGCCGUGCAGGUCAAGUCCUCUCCCACACAGCCACAGCCGCAGCCACAGUCGUGUGGCAGCAACGAACUGAAUAUGCGUUCCAAGGGUGCGUCCCCAUCCAUCCUACUGCAGCACUACCAGAAGCUGCCGGAAGCCACUUUGGAGCCAACAUUCAACACCCAAGCAGCUGGCCAUACUCCAGCGUACAAGAAAUUGGGUUUUGGUUCACGUUUGCAGAAGCAAAAUGUCGAACAGAACUCGGACAACUCGCAGACAUCCUCCCGGAAUGCACGCAGCAGUGGCAGCGGGAGCGAAGUGCAACGCUCCUCUUCGGGUUCCAGUUCCUCGGGUGCCGUUCCUCCAGCCACAGCCGUGGUGUCCUCUCCCGAAAGACUCCAGCGGAGACGUCUGCUGCAGAUGAUCUCCAACUACGAUCAGCAGAACAAGCAACUGCAUCGGGAGCUGGCCAAGGAGAAGCGGCGUCGCACGGAGGAGCUAGCCUGCGUUGUUAAGUCCUUGAUUUGUUUCGAAUCGAAGCUGAAGAACGACAUGAAGGCCGUGAACCAACGGCUGGUGGAUAGGGAUUCAGAGAUCUGUCGUCUGAUGCGACAGAAUCGGGCCUUGAGGAAGCGUCUGGAGGAUCAGCAGCCGGAUGAAGGCAUAGCAGAUCAGGACUCGGACGAGUGUCUGGUGCUGGAGGCUUUGCAAUGCCAGAAUUGCCGCAAGCAAUUCUAUGACAUUGAAACGACAGCAAGCGGCACACAGACGUGCGGCAAAGAGUUGCAAGGCGUAGGCGGAAAGGCAGAGCCCGGCUCUUCCAGCGAUGACACCGUCUCAUCGUCGUUCUACGGCGCCAGACGCAGCGUCCGGUACACCAGCAAGCGCACGGCGGGCACUUUCCGGGACUAUAUGCGCUCGCGGGCCAUGCACAUCGAUGAUGCCGCUUUGGAGCAGCAAUCGGAGGAGAAUACCAGCAGCAUCUCGCGCGAGGACUCCCAGACGAGCUACGAACAGCUGCACAACUAUUCGCGGGCCAUGGAGCGCAUGCACGGGGUGAAAGUCCCCUCGAUGGAAGACGGGGAAUACUCCGAGCAGAGCAGCCUGGAGCUGGAGCAGCAGCAGCAGCAGCAAAGGAGGCGGAACAGCUCUUCGAGUCGCAGCAGCAACAGUCGCAGCAGCAAGACAACGACUCCACAAUUAAUGGAGGAGGAUGAUGGCAUCUUCUCGCCCACCCAGGACGACGAGGACUUUGACGAACUGGAUCCCGAGCAGGAGCAGCAAAUGAUGUCCCGCGGGGCCCUGAAAAUCGUACAGCGACGGUGUGCAGACUUCUCUGAGGCCUCGCCGAAGCAGAUCUAUGAAACGACCACCGAUGAUUGGUAUGCCAGUGCCUCGGACCAGGAGGAGACAGCGUCCACAGCCAGAGUGUCGACCGUGAAGCAGCCCUACGGCCAAGGAGCCGUGAAUCCCGUGCUGGAGUGCGUCAACCAGAUCCUUCUGCAACAGUCCAUGGAGGAGACGCUACGAGAGCCCACCCCCAAGUCCGCGAUGGCUGGAGCUGCCUCGAAUCUCCCGCGCAGGAGUUCGCUCAGCGGCAGGAGUGUCUCCAACGGCCGCAAACGGGUGCACUUUUCCACCAAGAACAGCAUGGUGCAUGUGCCACGCCACGACGACCACGAGGAGGAGCCAGAGCAGGAGGAGCAGGAUCACCCGAUGGCUGCCCCAAUGAUCUCACACUAUCAUCCCAUGACCUCUGCCUACGAGAGCAUCUACAGCAAUGAGUACGAGCCGAUUGGCUCAGAGCGUGCCUCCAAUCUGUAUGUGGAUAUGGCGGCAGCAGCUGCCACAGGAGCAGGAGAGUCUGCGGGCUCCAGCAACUCCUCGAAGCAGCCACAGCAGAAACUGCCACCCGCCCUGCCGCCCAAGCCUGCCAAUCUAUUGAAAUUCAAGAAAUCCCUGCAUCAACUCGAAGAAACCCUCGAAGAUGAGGCGGCCCUCAUCGAAGAUGAUUGUGCCACGGUCUCGGAACCGGACUACUGCUCCAUUUCGGAGGUGGGCAUGAGUGCCAGUGUGCGCGUGCAGAUUGUGGCAGACAUACACAAGGCCCCGGAAUGCUCCACAACCCCUCCAGCGGUGGAGCCGCCAGCGAUGGAGCCCGAGGUGGAUUCCGAUGACAAUCAAUCGCACAAGACUGAGGAAAUCGAAGAGAUUUUCGCCGAUAUACCAAAGCUACCCAACGUGGCGGCCAUUAUAGCGCCCAAGCAAUCCGCCUCAGAGUAUCUGAUGAUGACCCCGAAGAGGCAGGAGCUACAGCUGCAGCUGCCGCUGCCGCAGCCCUCUCCCCUGCAAUCGCAAUAUAAACGGAAGCAUGUGCCCAACAUUCUGGCGGAGAUCAACAAACGCAUGAGUCUCCCGAGCUCUCCGACGACUCCGACGACCCCCAAGAGCCUCCACAACAGCACGCCCGUGUCCAAGUCCCUUCUCCAGUUGGCAGAUGCCCCCAGCGAUCUGCCUCUGCAGGCGGAAUUCGAUUGGUAUAACCUCGAUGCCGAGUACGAUCGGAGUCAGGAGGUGACUUCGACUUCAAAGAGCCCCCAGACAGAGGGCAUGCUGGAGGAGAUUAGCGAGGACAAUGAAUGCCUGAUCAAUGCCGAUGCGGAUGAGUACAAUCUGGAUGAGGAGUAUCAGCAGGAGGAGGACCAAGAGUUCCACCAUCAAGAAGAGGACCUCCUAAUGCAGCCGGAAAUGGAGGAGGAGCCACAGCCCCAUCUCUCGCCCGCCAAGGCCACGCAAAUGAAGAAGAAUCUGGCCAGUUUUGAAAAGUUCAUCGAGGGCUCAGGACUCAGUACGAAGCCAUUGCCCAGCAAACGUAAAAUCUACUUCAAUGCGCCCUUUGUCUAGACGAAAAAAUAAAGAAAUGGAAACGAAUUUAAGUUUAUUUUUGAUGCAACACAGAAAGAGAGAGAGAGUUUUGUUUAGUUCUUAAGUUUGGCAAAAAGUAUUAAAUGUUUUCCCCCCCAAUAAAAAAAUG